AUCGUUGAAUGAAAUUCGAAAGCCGAUAUUCGACUGCAACAUCAUCAUCGUGGUGAUGUGUGAUUCUUAUUAUCAGUAAACAGUAUUUGUAUUUGAUUAUUUACGUGUACGUUACUAAAGUAUGAAUUUUUACUAAUAGUGAGUGGUAUGCAUUGAUGUCAAAUAAUUUUCAAGAUUUUUGGUUCCAUAUUCAAUUAUCAAACAGAGUUCCAGUGAAAUUAUUUUAUAACUAUAUUUUACAUUGAAAAAAUUUCAUUAAAUAUGUUUGAGAGUAAAAAGAUUAUACUUGUAACUGGUGGAACCGGAUUAGUUGGUAAGGCUAUACAAACUGUCAUCGAAAAUGAUAAAAAUGACAAUGAACAAUGGAUAUUUGUAGGCAGCAGACAUGCAGACAUAAGUAACAAGCAAAGUACUGAGACAUUGUUUGAGGAAUAUAAGCCAACACAUGUUGUGCACUUGGCUGCCAUGGUUGGUGGUCUAUUCCAUAAUAUGGCACAUAAUUUAAAUUUUUUGCGCAACAAUAUCCACAUGAAUGACAAUGUAUUGCAAACUGCUCAUGAAUACGGCAUUGGAAAAGUUGUAUCCUGUUUGUCAACUUGUAUAUUUCCUGAUAGAACUACAUAUCCCAUCGAUGAAACUAUGAUUCACAAUGGACCACCACAUCCAUCAAAUUAUGGUUACAGUUACGCUAAACGUCUUAUAGAUAUUGCAAAUCAAGGUUAUUAUGAGCAAUAUGGUAGACUAUAUACCAGUAUUAUUCCUUGCAAUGUGUUUGGUCCAAAUGAUAAUUUUCGUCCUAAUGCUAGUCAUGUUAUACCAGGUUUAAUGCGAAGGCUUUAUGACUUAAUUAAAGAUGGAAAUACAGAAGAUAAAACGUUUACUGUAUUAGGCUCUGGAAAGCCUUUAAGACAGUUUAUAUAUAGUUAUGAUUUAGCUAAGUUGAUAAUAUGGACGCUAAGAGAGUAUAACUCUGUUAAACCAAUUAUACUAUCAGUUGAUGAAUCGCAAGAAGUAACAAUAUCUCAGGUAGCCGAAGCAAUUGCACAGGCUUUCAAUUUCAAGGGGAAAAUAAUAUAUGAUACAUCUGCAGCUGAUGGGCAAUAUAAAAAAACGGCAAGCAAUGCGAAACUGCGAAAAUAUUUACCUGACUUUCAAUUUACGCCGUUUAAUCAAGCCAUCAAAGAAACUGUUGACUGGUACAUACAAAAUUAUGAUCAGGCCAGAAACUAAUAUAUGAAAUAUCCUAUCCCAUUCCCAAUAAAAAAUAUGUAAAUGAUAUCAUAAUUACAAUUAUUUUGGAAAUUGAUAAUUAUGAAUUACAUUUACAUUUUCUAUUUUUCCAUGCUUCCAGUAAAUAUACGUAUACUAAGCCACUAUUCCUAUAUAUAUAUUGUAUAUUUUUCGAAAAAAGAAGUUAUUCUUCGUAGAUAACGUCUAUGUACUCAUUUUUUUUGUAUCGUAAGUUUCACGCAAAAGUUAUGUAUCCUAAAAUUAUCAAAUAAAGAUUACAUAUUUUUG